CACAGGACACAGAGUGGGGUAGACUCUUAUCACAGCUGUGUUACAUUGUAUCCUCAUCCUCCUCCAACCACCAACCAUGGAUACUCUGCACUCCAAGAUCCUCAUCAUCCUCAUCCUAGGAGCCGUGCUGGCCAUCUGCCAGGUGUCGGCCGCCAGCAGGAACCCCUCGGAUUGUUGUUUGUCAACAAAUCAGAAAAAGUUCCCGUACAGACUCAUCAGCUCCUACCGCCAACAGGACUCCUCCUCCGGCUGCAACAUUGAUGCUGUUGUGUUUACAACACACAAGAACAGACACAUCUGUGCCCCCCCAAAUUCAGGCUGGGCGAAGAAGUAUAUGGACUGCCUGCGCAAACAAAUGUCUUGCACAAUUGUAUCGGGUCUUCUUCUGGAUUUCACUGCACACUGGGAGCUUCUCACAUUACAAGCUGCAGUCCUGGCUGGAGGACUUCCAGCAUCAGGGGCGGAAUGA